GUGGUUGAUAUAAUGCGUGUAAAUGUAGACAAGGUGCUGCAACGAGACCAGAAACUGUCAGAGUUAGAUGACCGGGCAGAUGCACUUCAGGCUGGUGCCUCACAAUUUGAAAGUAGCGCAGCAAAACUCAAAAGGAAGUACUGGUGGAAGAACUGCAAGAUGAUGAUCAUGAUGGGAGUGAUUUGUGCCAUUGUGGUGGUGGUGAUUGUAAUCUACUUUUUUACUUGAAUGUAAGCUCCUUCAGUCUGCAGCCUACUGUCCCUUGUCACCUUGCCUGUCUCUUCUUGCCCCUAAAUCUUCCCUUCCCUUCCACCUAGCUUCUUCAUUGAUUUCUUUAUUGGUUUUAAUUUGUCUUCUGUAUAGGACUCUGAAGUGCUCUACUGAACAUGGUUAGACUCUUCAACAGCUGCUGCAGCUUUAGGGAGGGUCGUCUGAGUUUUAGAGGAAAGGGAAGCAGAGGAGGAGUGGGUAGCUAUUGCUCCUGCUCUUCUGCAGGGAAUUUUUGUGGUUUAUUUUUGGGUAUGAGCUUGUCAAAUAGUGCCUGUGUGGACUCCAGCAAAAUAAGAAUGCCUUAACGCAGUGCCUUUGGGGAUGAAGGACUUCAGCAUGUGAGAUUCUUUAGUGUUCUGCUUAAAAAGAGUGGCAGCAAGACUUAAGCUUUUAAUUUUGCUUCUGAAAUAAAGGCUAGUUUGUGUUGGUCAGUGACUGUGAGCCAUCUUGAUUGUGCUAGAUAGUCAUCUAGAUUUCUGUAGCCAUGGAGAGAUAAGCACUUAA